CACGAGUGCCUGGACUACAGGCCUGCACCACCGACGCCCCGCCAGCUCCUCCCUGUUGCGGAGGCCGUUGAGCCUACCGGUGAGCGACAGGUGCACAGAGCAAAUCAGAUUUUGAUCUGCACCUGGAGAGCUUCAGCAGCCGCCAAUCACGCCCAGUGGCCUCGGGGCCGCCGGAAGUCGUCGUUUCUGAAGCGCCGCACUUAAGGCAGCGGCCGGGCCACUAGACCUGCGAACUACAAGUCCCGGCGGGCCCCGUGCGCCGGCGCUUCCGGCUCGAGCGUCUGUCCCUUUCCCGGCCGGCGGCCGCGGGGGCACGAUGAAGCGAACGGGUGGCGCUGCCGCUCCCGGGCAGCCGCGGGCGGGGAAUGCUGCCCAAGGACCCUGGAUGCCUCUCUAGAGCAUGAGCACAGGCAAGAGCGCCCGCUACAACCGCUUCUCUGGGGCGCCUGCCAACCUUCCCUCCCCAGACCUCAGCACCGGGACCAGAAUGGAAACAACCUUUGGACCCGCCUUCUCCGCUGUCACCACCAUCACAAAAGCUGAUGGUUCCAGCACAUACAAGCAGCACCGCAGAACACCUUCCUCUUCCAGCACCCUCGCCUACUCCCCACGGGAUGAGGAGGACGGCAUGCCCCCCAUCAGCACUCCUCGCCGCUCCGAUUCGGCCAUCUCCGUCCGCUCCCUGCACUCCGAGUCCAGCAUGUCCUUGCGCUCCACGUUCUCACUGCCGGAGGAGGAAGAGGAGCCGGAGCCACUGGUAUUUGCUGAGCAGCCCUCAGUGAAGCUGUGCUGCCAACUCUGCUGUGGUGUGUUCAAGGACCCCGUGAUCACCACAUGUGGGCACACGUUCUGUAGGAGAUGCGCCUUGAAGUCAGAGAAGUGUCCCGUGGACAAUGCCAAGCUGACAGUGGUGGUGAACAACAUCGCGGUAGCCGAACAGAUCGGGGAGCUCUUCAUCCACUGCAGGCACGGCUGUCGUGUGGUGGGUGCAGGGAAACCCAGUGUCUUCGAGGUGGACCGGGGGUGCCCCUUCACCAUAAAGCUCAGUGCCCGGAAGGACCACGAGGGCAGCUGUGACUACAGGCCUGUGCGCUGCCCCAACAAUCCCAGCUGCCCACCCCUCCUCAAGAUGAACCUGGAGGCCCACCUCAAAGAAUGCGAGCACAUCAAGUGUCCUCACUCAAGUACGGGUGAGUGCACCUUCAUUGGGAACCAGGAUACAUAUGAGACACACCUAGAGACGUGCCGGUUUGAGGGCCUGAAGGAGUUCCUGCAGCAGACAGAUGACCGCUUCCACGAGAUGCAUGUGGCCCUGGCACAAAAGGACCAGGAGAUAGCCUUCCUGCGCUCCAUGCUGGGCAAGCUCUCUGAGAAGAUUGACCAGCUAGAGAAGAGCCUCGAGCUCAAGUUUGAUGUCCUGGAUGAGAAUCAGAGCAAACUCAGCGAGGACCUCAUGGAAUUCCGGAGGGAUGCAUCCAUGUUGAAUGAUGAGCUGUCCCACAUCAAUGCACGGCUGAACAUGGGCAUCCUAGGAUCCUAUGACCCUCAGCAGAUCUUCAAGUGCAAAGGGACCUUUGUCGGCCACCAGGGCCCUGUCUGGUGUCUCUGUGUCUACUCCAUGGGUGACCUGCUCUUCAGUGGUUCCUCUGACAAGACCAUCAAGGUGUGGGACACCUGUACCACCUACAAGUGCCAGAAGACACUGGAGGGCCAUGAUGGCAUUGUGCUAGCUCUCUGCAUCCAGGGGUGCAAACUCUACAGUGGCUCUGCAGAUUGCACUAUCAUUGUAUGGGAUAUCCAGAACCUGCAGAAAGUGAACACCAUCCGGGCCCACGACAACCCUGUGUGCACACUUGUGUCCUCCCACAACAUGCUCUUCAGUGGCUCCCUGAAGGCCAUUAAGGUCUGGGACAUCGUGGGUACUGAGCUAAAGUUGAAGAAGGAGCUCACAGGCCUCAACCACUGGGUGCGGGCCCUGGUGGCAGCCCAGAGCUACUUGUACAGUGGCUCCUACCAGACAAUCAAGAUCUGGGACAUCCGGACCCUCGACUGCAUCCACGUCCUACAGACGUCUGGUGGCAGCGUCUACUCCAUCGCUGUGACGAAUCACCACAUUGUCUGUGGCACCUAUGAGAACCUCAUCCAUGUAUGGGAUAUCGAAUCCAAGGAGCAGGUGCGGACCCUAACAGGCCAUGUGGGCACCGUGUAUGCCCUGGCGGUCAUCUCGACACCAGACCAGACCAAAGUCUUCAGUGCAUCCUAUGACCGGUCCCUCAGGGUCUGGAGCAUGGAUAACAUGAUCUGCACCCAGACUCUACUGCGCCAUCAGGGUAGUGUGACCGCACUGGCUGUGUCCCGGGGCCGGCUCUUCUCAGGAGCUGUGGAUAGCACUGUGAAGGUUUGGACAUGCUAACAGACUCCAGACCAGACCUUUGCUUCCGGUGGCCCUGUCUGAGCCAAGCUGGCCACAGGGGGUGGCCCUGGAGCUUUUCCUACCCUGUAGGGGCAGGUAGACAGAGUCACAUGGCCAGGCAGUGCCCUCCUGCCCUGCACUCCAUGAGCCUCCCUUUACUCAACUCGACCCUCUCUCAUUGUGGCUAGGGCAACGCCCAGGCUCCUCUCUGGGUGCCAGGUACGACGCUUGCCCAGCCCACCCUUUGUCCCCAUGCCAGUUGGAUUAUGGGCCUUUUUACUUACCUUUUCUACUGUUUUUAAACUGUAUAUAGAUUUAUUUGAUUACUUCCUGAUUGAAAUAAAAGCUGCACAGGACUGUG